CAGUUUGCUUGAAUGACCCAGCGGCGCCACAAAGAGGCAGGGGUAGGGCUGUAGACUAGUCUGUCAUCACACCGCGGUACCAGAGUCCGGAGAAAGACACGCGUAUAGGAGCAAAGACAUUGAGUGUGUCUAGAGAGAAUGGGAAAGGGAGAAACUGAGCGCAUAGGUCUACAGCAUCAGCAGCAUCUGAAAAAGCAGAGGCAAACGCACGGUGUGUCAUAUUCCUGCGUAUAACAGAGGAGGAUGGAGACUUUCCCGUUGCGCCAGAGAUCUGGACUGAUAAGAUUAUAUGUGUGGAUAGCCUACCAAUAGGAACAUGUGUUUGUGGGUAGCCAACCAAUAGGAACAUGUGUUUUCUGGAGUUUUGAGGACAGCGAAGGUCCAUCACCUUCAACUGCCCCGUCAAUCUAAUUUCAAGGAGCCACAUCAUAAGAAACUACCUGGAGAACUGGCAUUUUGGAGGAUAUGAUCAGUUUUGUUGUUAAAUUCAUGUAGCAAAACAAAAAACAAAACACGAUUUAAUCAUUUCUAUGUUUACCAGUAUGAUGAACUCUUUUUUUGAUUCUUCGCCUGCUGCUAUGAUUGCUACAAUUCCUGUCAGCGGCGUGUCCACUGCUGGGACGGGCGCUGUAACCAGUGCGCUUCGAAAUGAUUUGGGGUCCAAUAUUCAUGCCCUAAAGACUCUGAACCUGCGGUUUCGCUGUUUUCUUGCCAAAGUUCAUGAAUUAGAGCGGAGAAACAAAUUAUUAGAGAACCAACUGCAGCAAGCCUUGGAGCAACAACGAUACCAAGUAUACACUCGUGAAGUAGCUGUCCAAACCGACUCUCCUGAAUCCCGACUGCCUGGUACCAUUUGGAGUUUCACGCACGUGAGAAGACACGGAGAGCGCUAUGAGACUCUCCAGGGCCCUGGUGUAUCCUGGAAUCAUCCGGACGGUGUUGGGGUCCAAAUCGAUACCAUCACCCCAGAAAUACGAGCUCUGUAUAAUGUGUUGGCUAAAGUCAAACGAGAGAGAGACGAAUACAAGAGAAAAUGGGAAGAGGAGCUAAACAGACGAGAGCAGCUCGAGUCCUUGGUGGAAUCCAUGCAGGAGAGUGCCCAGGAGUCAGAGGAGAUCCAGGAUGAACUGAAUGAGAAGGUGGAGAGACUUAAGGCUGAGCUGGUGGUCUUUAAGAGCCUUAUGAGCGAUCAAAUGUCUGACAUGGACACUAAGAUCCAGGAGAAAGCCAUGCGGGUGGACAUGGACACUAAGAUCCAGGAGAAAGCCAUUCGGGUGGACAUGGACACUAAGAUCCAGGAGAAAGCCAUUCGGGUGGACAUGGACACUAAGAUCCAGGAGAAAGCCAUUCGGGUGGACAUGGACACUAAGAUCCAGGAGAAAGCCAUGCGGGUGGACAUGGACACUAAGAUCCAGGAGAAAGCCAUGCGGGUGGACAUGGACACUAAGAUCCAGAAGAAAGCCAUGCGGGUGGACAUGGACACUAAGAUCCAGGAGAAAGCCAUGCGGGUGGACAUGGACACUAAGAUCCAGGAGAAAGCCAUGCGGGUGGACAUGGACACUAAGAUCCAGGAGAAUGCCAUGCGGGUGGACAUGGACAUCUGCCGGCGCAUUGACAUCACCGCCAAACUGUGUGACGUGGCUCAGCAGCGCAACUCAGAGGACAUGUCAAAGAUGUUCAACGACAGCCCGGCCUGGUCGCUCCCAGAGAGGGGUGCCAUGGCGUGCUGCAGGAAGAAGGAGUGCAGGCCUGUGUCUGACGAGGACAGCUCUGAGAUGGAUGCAGACCCCAGCACAAGUACCUCAGAGGAGGAGGUCCCGCUCAACGUUACUGACGAAAUGAAACGCAUGCUCAACCAGCUAAAUUGUUUAGAUGACAAUUUUGUUGCCAGGAGGGAGACGUUUGACAUUGAUGAUGACUGUGACAGCCUGACGUGGGAAGAGAAUGACGAGACCCUGUUGCUCUGGGAGGACUUCAACAACUACAACAUACAACCCGGUGCCAUCACCGCGGCAAACUGCACAGUCACCAGCGCAGCCAACAGCAACACAGAGGAGCCUGUCUCUCAGGAUGGAAGCCUGGGCAGCCUCAUAGAUGAGACAGAAUCACUAUUCAAGACCAGAGAGCAGGAGUACCAGGAGACCAUUGGCGCGAUUGAGAUGGAGCUAGCCACAGCGAAGAGUGACAUGAACAGACACCUGCAUGAGUACAUGGAGAUGUGUAGCAUGAAGCGUGGUCUGGACGUGCAGAUGGAGACGUGCAGGAGGAUGAUCAAAGGGGGCAGGAACUCUCCCUCCGUCAGUUCGGUGGCUAGCAGCGACUCAGGGAACACUGACGACAUCCAGGACAAACUACUGGACAAGGAUGGACAGGCUGAGGUGCCAAUCAGUUGAUAGCCUGGCUCCACCCCCUUCCUCCCCUGUUCACUGACAGCUGCUCACAGAGCUCCACUUUGCUUGGGGGCUGACCCCAGUGUUCUGCCCUGCUUGGCAUCUUUAGCCAAGGGUUACUGGUGGUCCUGAUGGUCCUAAUGGUCCUAUGGAUCUGGACCACUGUCCCAGGCCCGGAACUGGUGCUUAUUGUCUCUGUUCUCACAGGAAUGGAGGGGGGCGGGGUUCAUUUGCUCCACAAGUGUUUUAAGGCAGAGGUGGCACAUACAAUAUACUGUCUGAGCUGGGCUCUCUUCCACAGUGCUGCACAGGAACAUCCAUAAAAACAAUCAACAUGAUCAAACCAGUCAUUCUGGCUCACUAUUAGCAUAGUCUAAACAGUUCCACUGUCACGAUUGUCAUUAUAUUGGCCUGAGGCUGAACAGUCUAUUUGGUGAACAGGGAACAACAUGCACAACAUUAUUCACCAGUGAGAAUAUCUUUCCUUUUUUUAUUUUAUAUAAUCACACAAAAAAAUCACAGAUCAAGAGCAGUCACAUUAUUUUGUACUUGCAUGUUCCCCAUAGAUGCAGAUUGAUUAUUCACAUAUACUGUACAUGCAAAUGUUCAAAUGGGGAUUGAAAUGUUCUCACCAAAGAGUCAAAGCUAAAAAAAUCAGUUCGACUGGACUCUCCACGGUUACCAGUGUUGACUGGGGAACGGAGCAAAGCCCUUUGCUGCAAUAAUGCAUUAUUCACAUUCUAUGCAAUUUAGCUAGCCUUAUUUCAGGAUAACCUUUGACCUUCAUUACCCCUCUUUUCCCUCAUUCCCUCAUUUAAGCCAGCAGCAUACCACCCUGCGUACCACUGCUGGCUUACUUCUGAAGCUAAGCAGGGUUGGUCCUGGUCAGUCCCUGGAUGGGAGACCAGAUGCUGCUGGAAGUGGUGUUGGAGGGCCAGUAGGAGGCACUCUUUCCUCUGGUCUAAAAAAUAAAAUAAAAAAAUAAAAUCCCAAUGCCCCAGGGCAGUGAUUGGGGACACUGCCCAGUGUAGGGUGCUGUCUUUCGGAUGGGACGUUAAACGGGUGUCCUGACUCUCUGAGGUCAUUAAAGAUCCCAUGGCACUUAUCGUAAGAGUAGGGGUGUUAACCCCGGUGUCCUGGCUAAAUUCCCAAUCUGGCCCUCAAAACCAUCAUGGUCACCUAAUAAUCCCCAGUUUACAAUUGGCUCAUUCCUCCCCCUCCUCUCCCCUGUAACUAUUCCCCAGGUCGUUGCUGCAAAUGAGAACGUGUUCUCAGUCAACUUACCUGGUAAAAUAACGGGAAAUUUUUUUAAAAAUGAUUUGCCUUUUUAAGCUGGGCAGGUGUGCUCCUGUGUGUUCUCCAAAGUAGAAGAGCAACGGGAGGUGCAGAAUUAUCUCAAAAAAGGAAAACUCCCUUGUUUCCUUUGUCAAAGGCAUACCUUCUCCCCCUAUCCAUGUUAAUUUAGAGGCCGUAAACAUUUGAACGGUUAUCCAAAACAAUAUGGAACAAGGUGCCAGCAACGUGCUGUUUUUGAUUUGUAUUGCCUUAUGCUUAUUACUAUCAUAGUAAGCUUCAGCUAACUUGAGUUAUUUUCCCUUAAAUGUAUCUAAUUGGUAGAACUAAGUUAUUGAUGGUCCCUUGGCCUACUCUUUGGUAAGUCCAAAGCAGUGGAAGCUGCUGAGGGGAGGAUGCCUCAUAAUAAUGGAUGGAACGCAGCGAAUGGAAUGGCAACAAACACAUGGAAACCAUGUGUUUGAUGUAUUUGAUACUAAUCCACCUAUUCAGCUUCAGCCAUUACCACGAGCCCGUUCUCUCCAAUUGAGGUGCCACCAACUUCCUGUGGUCCAAAGAGCUUUUGAAAGUUAUUGGUCACCUGUUUGUUCUCUCAGAGAGAGGGUAAUGAAAUGAUAUAUACAUAGAACAAUCACGUAAACAGGCAAUACCAUGAACAUUGGUUGAUGAUACAUUCCCUAGAUUAUACACUGAAAAAUUAGGUAUUUAGGAUUUUCUUUUGCCAAUCUUGGAUACUAAAAUCAGAUGGCCUUUCAUAACAACUCCCACCCGUCUGUCCAGCAGGGUGCACUGUUCCUAUCAUAUUCCGUUGUCUAAUUGUCAUGCACCCUUGAUUGGGUUUAUAAUUGUUUCUACUUGGUUAAGAGGGCUGUUGGCAUGUGAUCGUAUACCCCAGAUGCCUUUCUGUUCAUAUUGCUCUAUGUAUAAUGAAUUUUGUUGUAUUACAUCCUGUCUAAUGAUUUGAAUUAAAUUAAUCAAUUAACACAAUUGAUCAAUGCAUGGGGAUUGGGAGAGGUUUUCUGGAAGUUAUUUUUCAAUUGGUUUAUGGAAUGUUGUUAGUUUACAGAAUCAAGGACAAACGUGCUAUUUGUAUGAUGAGGGUUUUAAGAUGUAAAAAUAGAAAAAUAAUGACAUUUGUCAUUGCAUUGUUUUAUGAAAGACGAAGGGCUAUUGCAUUUGGUUGUUUCUUUGAAUUAUUUUACAUUGAACUAGAGGCACAUAGUUGUAGUACAAUAGUGUUGCAAUUCCCUAUAAUUUCUUAAAUCAAAAGAUACAUUAUGUUCCUGUAACUUUACAUGGGCCCAUGAAUUUGCAUUUACAGAUUGAAUGGUGAGUGUUGAGGAAUAAAUGAAAUAUUAUCUUCUUGUUUAACAAUCAUGGAUGGUAAAAAUGGUAUGGAAACUUAACUAUUUCAUAAUUUCAUCUGACACAAAGAUUCUGGCCCAACCAGUCUAUUGUAUAUCAUGUCCUAAACCAUGGUAAAAUGUCAAAACUCAUACACACUAUAAAGACAGAUAACAUUUAGGGAGAGGCCUUAUUCCCAGCUAAGUAUAAAAAAUAAUUUGUGUUAGAUUUAAAAUCAGCCUGACGAGUGCAGCAGUAAGCCAUGCUUUUUUUGUCCUUUGUUGCACCAUACAGUAUAGGCUGGGAAACACCUUGUACGUUGUACAGUAGUCCUAUGUGGCUGUUUGUGUGAUGAGCACUGACAUAACAAAAUCUCCAAAUGCCUUUAGUUCUCAUGUCCCAUGAUGACUGUAAUAUUGUUGCAUAUUUUCAAUUGAACAGAUUGUAGACACCUUCUUUGCUGAAUGUAUGGUCAAUAUUUAGGAGCAGUCUUCUGAGUAGACCAACAGUCCCAACCUUACAAUCAGAACUGGUGUAUAUCUCAGGAUAUGGGUCAGAACACAGAAACCUGAUGUGUACAUGGCACAUUGUUCUUUAUUGUCUAAGCAAACAAAAAUUGUACAUGUAUAGUUGAACUACUACAUUAUGUACCCUUGCAGGACGUAAGUUUGGCUUAUUGAGCCUAUAUGGGAAUUUGAAAUUGUUGGGUUUAAUUGUUUCAUAGGUGUUUUAUAUGGUUGGUUUUAUCAAUGUAGUGCUAGGGUCUAAAGUGUUACAUUAGCCAUUACUGAAAUGUACACUGUAUGACCAAAAGUAUGUGGACACCUGCUCGUCGAACAUUUCAUUCCAAAAUCAUGGGCAUUAAUAUAGAGUUGGUCCCCCAUUUGCUGCUAUAACAGCCUUCACUCUUCAUGGAAAGCUUUCCACUAGAUGUUGGAAUAUUGCUGCGGGGACAUGCUUCCCUUCAGUCACAAGAGAAUUAGUGAGGUUGGGCAUCGAUGUUGGGCGAUUAGGCCUGACUCGCAGUCGGUGUUCCAAUUCAUCCCAAAGGUGUUCAAUGGGGUUGAGGUCAGGGCUCUGCAGGUCAGUCAAGUUCUUCCACACUGAGUUCGACAAACCAUUUCUGUACGGACCUCGCUUUGUGCACGGGGGCAUUAUCAUGCUGAAACAGAAAAGGGCCUUCUCCAAACUGUUGCCACAAAGUUGGAAGCACAGAAUCAUCUAGAAUGUCAUUGUAUGCUAUAGCAUUAAGAUUUCCCUUCACUGGAACUAAGGGGCCUAGCCCAAACCAUUGUUCCUCCUCCACCAAACUUUACAGUUGUCCCUAUGCAUUCGGGCAGGUAGCAUUCUCCUGGCAUCCGCCAAACUCAGAUUAGUCUGUCGGACUGCUAGAUGGUGAAGUGUGAUUCAUUACUCCAGAGAACGUGUUUCCACUGCUCCAGAGUCCAAUAGCGGCGAGCUUUACACCACUCCAACCGACGCUUGGCAUUGCGCAUGGUGAUCUUAGGCUUGUGUGCGGCUGCUCGGCCAUGGAAACCCAUUUCAUGAAGCUCCCGACGAACAGUUCUUAUGACGUUGCUUCCAGAGGCAGUUUGGAACUUGGUAGUGAGUGUUGAGUCCAAGGACAGGCAAUCUUUACACGCUUCAGCACUCGGCGGUCCCGUUCUGUGACCUUGUGUGACUUCCCACUUCGUGGCUGAGCCAUUGUUGCUCCUAGACGUUUCCACUUCACAAUAGUAGCACUUACAGUUGACGGGGCAGCUCUAGCAGGGCAGAAAUUUUACGAACUGACUUGUUGGAAAGGUGGCAUCCUAUGACGGUGCUACGUUGAAAGUCACUGAGCUCCUCAGUAAGGCCAUUCUACAAAUUUGAAGGGGUGUUCACAUACUUUUGUAUGUAUUGUGUAUCUUCCAUUGCUUUGUCACCCUAACGUUCAGCGUUUGUCUGUAGUGGGUGGUAUUCCCUGUGUUCUAGAGAGGCAGAGGUAGGUCACCAUCCCCAGUCAAGGUGGCCAUGGAGGAAAGUACUGUCUUCGAUGACCAUUGACCUCAUUGUAUUUUCAUACACAUUACAUAAUGAUGACGCCUGCUGUUUUUAAUUCAAAUGAUUUAUUUCCCAGCAUCUUUAUUUUUUCAAUGCAUACCUCUGUGCAUUGUAAAAUAUGAUGUUAUUUGUAUGUAAACUAUUAGUAAAACAUUGCAUUCAUGGGGAUUCGGGGUAUACUGUUGUUUGAAAAUAAUGAAUGUGCACUGUAAUUGGUGUUGGGGGAAAGUGAAAUAAAAUGGUGGAUUGCCUUCA